CUCCUAUACCAUGGACCUGUUCCUGACCUACCGCACUCGCUCUUCCCGCUGAGUCCCGAUCCCAGAUCGCAAUGCAUACAAGAUGUCUGCCCUGACUUCAGUCUGGUGGCCUGGAGAUCGCGUGAAGGCGACCAUCUGUCCCGACUAUGUCUUCAAUCACCUCCCUCCCAGUACUUUACCACGUCUGGUCUCUCCCUUGCCUUGGGGGGAAGGUCUGACCAACGAAACCUAUCUCGAUUGGAUCCUGGAAAAAGCGGGGAGACUCUUUCUUAUCUUGGUUGAUAUUGGAAUCCCCGAGCGCAUCUUUCACCUGGUAGACGAAUCGCUAGAUGACACCGAUCUCCCCAUUGCUGCACACAGCGUCGACCGUCUGCAGCUGUCAGCGAAUGGGCUGAAUAACGAGCUCGACUCCAAGUUCUUUCUCGCCCAAUGGCGCUUCGUCGUGCGGGGGAUCAGUGAGGGGAGUCAUGUGGCAUAUACGGAGAAUGAGGGUGUUCCGGUGGAAGCCAUUCAGACAGGAACUGCCUUGGCGAGAGAGGGGGUCGAGAAGGUCGUCCUGGCGGGCUCCGUCUGUCGCGUCUUGCUGCGCACCCAAGUAACCAUCGGGGGCGCACCGCAUUUCUUCGAUGAACAAGAAGUCCUGGAGGAGAUCCGCUCUCUGAGGAGACUAGCCCACGACCACGUUUACUCAAUCUACGCCUCCUACUUUGCGGACAAUACCGUCUGUAUUCUCUUCUCCGGUAUUUAUGAGAGGAAUCUCAUGUCCCUCCUGACCGAUGUUCCCCAGUCCUUCAAACGCCUCCCAAAAGAACGGCGUCGCCAGAUUCUGGUCAACUGGCCACAUUGUUUAGCGCAUGGCCUAUCGUGGCUACAUGCACAUGGCCAAGUCCACGGCCUCAUUCGUCCGUCUAACAUCCUUGUCGAUUCCGAUUUUCGAAUAUUUAUUGGCCAAUUCGAGGCAUUGGACACCUUAUUGCCUCCAGUCAAAGUCGACGACGUCGAGUCUUAUCAGUAUGGGCCUCCUGAACGCUGGGUACGCUCCAUAAGUGUACAGAAUAGUGGCCAGACAGCAACUGUCCUCCCAUCGGGCGGCCGAACAGGUCGUAAACUGGACGCCCGCCCGACCAGGCUGAGUUGGGCUCGCCUGAGAGACCUACAUAUCGCUGACCCGGAGAUGUUGAGUCCACCGCCGGAGUCAGUCGCUUCCCACGGUACCGUAAUCCGCGUUGGACCCCCGGGCUCUUCCUCGCGGUUUUCCUUUGGCAUUUCUUCUUCUUCCUCCGGCUCUAGCAGCGGCAGUUCCCGCAAGCAUAAUAUCUCUAUGAAACGCCCCAUUCUCUAUACCCCAUCUAUCACCUCUUCCACCUCGUCCGGCUCUUCGGGUCAGGGUUCUAUGAUCUACAAUUCUGUUGGGCUGCCGACGGCCCACACCAGCGGCGGAGCGCUUGUUCAGGUGUGGCAGUCUCAACAGACCGAUCCAGAGGCCUCCGACAUAUUCUCCCUAGGGGCAGUAAUUCUAGAUAUAUUGACCUUUAUGUGCAAGCGAAAGAUCUCUGCUUUUGCUAGCCAUCGUGGCGCGAAGAAUCGCACCGCUGGCCGCGGCGGGGGUGCCGCAGACUGCUCUUUCCACUUCGAUCGUAAUAUCGGCCAAGUGAGCUCGUGGAUCACCCUCUUGGACAGUGACGCAAAGAAGCGCAAAGACCCGGUUUUCCAGGCUAUUCGGCCGAUGCUUGCUAUGUCUCGGGAUAUGCUCUGCCGGGAUCCAUCCGGCCGACCUUCUGCCUUCCAAGUUGAACAGUUGUUCUCCUGUGCGAUCAAAAAGACAGAGGAAAAGGUUGCCCUUCACUGCAAGUCCAACUUGUGUCCCCGUCCCCGAGGGCGACCUAAUCAACCGCCUUUGCCAAAACCAGAUAGACUGGCUGUCCCCCGGGUGGCAUCUCGUUCGCGAUCGACUUCCCCAGCCAGCUCAUGCAAAAAUCUUUUGUAUCCUGAAUCGACAUCUACCACGAACCCCAGCUCCUCUGACUACGCAGAUUCCUACGUAAACAGCGACACGGAUAUUGAUCACCGUGAGUAUAAACCAAAGAUAUCGACCAAAAUGCGCUGGAUCUCUCCAGAUCGGGGAUCAAGUCCAGUCACGGCCAAUGAUCCAUCCUGGAACUACGGCAACGUUGUUGGGCGUUGACACCUUUUAUCUUCAUCUACUUUCUGCCCGUUUUCCUUCUGUCUUCUCACUUGGACAAAUACCCCUUUUGCAAUUUCUGGGGCUUUUUUUUUUUUUUUUUUUU